UUUUUUCACAGUUUUUCAUCUGUUUGAGUUUAUCCAAGAAUUUCAGAAACAGAUAAAAAUGGAGAUGUCGACAUUUUAGAGUUAACAAAUCAAUUUAUAGAAGACGUUUCUACUUUCUUGUGGAUCGAUUAAUGCACGUGUAAAGGAACUUGUUCCUCAAAUUUGUUGUGUAAAGGAAAGCAUGGCGUUUCCUCGAGUUCAGACGAGUAGAGGAGAGUUAAGGAUUCAUGAGAGUUUAGAUGAUCUAAGCACUGACUUGGUAGAAUAUAUAUCUGAAUUAUCAGAUGCAUCAGUAAAAGAGCGGGGCGUUUUUACCAUUGCUUUAUCUGGUGGUUCUCUAAUUGGCUUAUUGGGAAAACUCUCUGAAGCGCCUUAUAACAAAACUAUUGAUUGGGUUAAGUGGUAUAUUUUUUGGACUGAUGAGCGUGUGGUAGCAAAGAGCCAUCCUGACAGUAAUUACAAGCUAGCGAAGGACGGUCUCUUGACCAAGGUGCCUGUUAUUCCUAGCCAUGUGCACUCCAUCAAUGAUUCCCUAUCUGCAGAGGAUGCUGCAAGUGAGUAUGAAUUCGGUAUCCGGCAGCUAGUUAAAACUCGGUUGAUUAGUGUUUCUGAUAUCAAUGAUUGCCCUAAGUUUGAUCUCAUUCUUCUUGGAAUGGGACCUGAUGGACAUGUGGCUUCUCUCUUCCCUGAUCACUCUGUGUUGGGUGUGAAGGACGAAUGGGUUACCUUCAUCACUGACUCUCCCAAGCCUCCACCUGAGAGGAUCACUUUUACAUUGCCUGUCAUCAACUCAGCAUCCAAUGUGGCUGUGGUGGUGACUGGUGGUCGGAAAGCAGAGGCUGUAUGCCAGGCAAUCAAUGCGGCUGAUGUGGGACCCAACUCAGUAUUGCCAGCAAGGAUGGUGGAGCCAUCAACAGGGAAGUUGGUAUGGUUUUUGGACCAACAAGCUGCCCUGAAACUUGACGGAGUUGCAGUUUCCAAGUAGUGAUCAACUCAUUCGUGUGAUUAACCUAUGCUUUCGACCCCUCAUUUUGGAUAGUUGUUUUUUGGCUGAGAAGAGCGUAAUAACUGGAGGCUUGCAGAUUGGUUUCGUAAUUCUUUUUGUGCUUCUCAAGUGGUAGGAUUGGUUGUUUUGUGAAUAGGCAGCUUGUGGAUGAUUUACAUUGUAUAAUUGCACCCAUUAUUGUCGCUAUCAACUCAUCAUCAUCUCUUUUCUUAACAUUGGUGUAUAUUUUGCAGCAAAGAGGAGCGAAGUUAGUUUGUUAAGAGAUUUAGUUUCUGUCAGCUAUUAUCUUACAUACCUUAGCCCACAGAUUUCUUUUGCUGUCACACCAAUGUGAAAACUAUGUUAAAAUCAUAGUUCUUGGUGUUUGUUUUGUAACUUUGUUAGUCCUAAAAUAAAAAAGAUUAAAAAGGAAUCAAAUAUCGUUGUUGAUUGUUUUA